UUGAAAUCCGUACAGUGGUGGGGAUUCUUUCCAGUCAUCUCUGUGUUUUGCCCACAAUAAUCGCUACAUUCCAUGCUUAUUAGGGUGUUUAUGGCUGCCGAUUUGUUAAUUAUACACCAUUAAUGAAGGACUCUGCAAAUGGAUUACGAGAAGAUAAACAAGAAUCCACCGCAGGGAAGUGGAGGCGGAGGCGGAGGCGGAGGAGGGUUGUCUCCGGCGAAAUUGAGGAGUAUGUUGAAGAAAAAGAAGAAGCAAGGAGAAGAUGAGCUUGAGUCUACUACUUUCUCUUUGGGAUCUCAAGUUUCUGAGAUUGAUGACUCAGGUGAUUCUUUAGAGAAUUACAGAGAUGUUGAUGUAGUAAGUGUACUUCCUGAACGUGUGACAUCGUCCACGGCUGAUAUGUUGGUAGUAGGAGCUCAUAACGACUACAGAUCAAAGGAUCACACGUCGUUCAAUUCAAGAAUUGGGUCCCAAGAUGAUGGUUAUCUGGACUAUGAAAGUGGGAUUGAUAAGGUGAGUGCAUCACCCUUCGAGUUUCAGAAGGCUGAGCGGGCCUCUCAUAGAAAGCCUAUGGCUCCAUUCUCUAAACCAGCUCCAUCUAAAUGGGAUGAUGCCCAGAAGUGGAUAGCUAGUCCCACAUCAAACCGUCCAAAAAAUGAGCAGUCUUUGAAGAAAAAUAGUCAUGGCGGCCAUGGAAACCGGCAACCAAUCACUAAGGUGGUGGUGGAAGUUCCUGAUCAAAGAUUAGCUAUUUACGAAGAGCCUGAUACCAAACAGAUUGAUUUGAGCCAUUUCGAGGAGAAUGAAGGGCAGUAUGUGGGUUGGGGGAGUGAUCCUAUUCCUUCUACAAUGACUGAUUCAUAUAGCAAGUCGGUUAUGAUGAUUGAAGAUUGUGUUGGUGAUUCAGCAAUUAAUUUGAGUCGCCAUGAUUCUUCUCUAUCCAUCCAGAACGCGACAUUUGUCCCUCCGCCUUCGGCAGCUAGAUCAGUGUCAAUGAGAGAUAUGGGCACGGAAAUGACUCCUAUUGCUAGUCAAGAACCUUCUAGAACUGGAACUCCUGUAAGGGCAACAACGCCUAGCCGGAGUCCAAGUUCUUCUAGGCCAGCAACUCCAGAAAGAACCGCUCCGAUUUCAUCAACCACCCGUCCUCCAAAUCUACGGUUGGAAUCUGGUAGUAGCAAAGAGUUAUCUGAAAAGGAGCUGCAGCUAAAAACUAGAAGAGAGAUACAGGCUCUUGGAACUCAGCUGGGUAAGAUGAAUAUUGCUGCAUGGGCUAGUAAGGAAGAUGAAGACAAAAUUGCAUCUUCUUCGAUGAAAACUUUAGGAGCCGAAAAACAGGCUAAAAGUGCUAUUGAGAUGCGUGCAGCAGCUUGGGAGGAUGCCGAGAAAGCCAAGUAUAUGGCUAGGUUCAAACGUGAGGAGGUAAAGAUAGAGGCAUGGGAAAACCAUCAAAAAGCAAAAACGGAAGCUGAGAUGAGGAGAAUUGAGGUAGAGGUAGAACGGAUGAGAGGUGGAGCGCACGAUAGACUUAUGAACAAACUCGCAGCUGCAAGACACAAGGCCGAAGAGAAGCGGGCUGCUGCAGAAGCAAAGAGAAACCGACAAGCGGCAAAAGCAGAAGAACAAGCAGAGUAUAUUCGUAAGACUGGCCGAAUACCGUCUUCAUUCACAUGCUACCGAUGCUGCUGCUGUUGAAAUCUAUUUUGUUAGGAUCUGAUGGCUUCUUGUAAUCAAAAACAACUUUUUUUGGGGAAGAAAUGUUAUACAGAUGCCAUCUUGUUUGUA